GUCCUAGCUGAAUAGUAUUUGAGCGCCGAGGUUAAUUUCCCACCUUUGGAAAAGAAAAAAGGCAAGGCAAGCAAGGCUGCAUUAACUGACACACUCACUGAACUUAGGCCAUUUAUUCUCUUCAAUAUGGUAUUCUGCUUCCUCUUCUCCCGCUCUCUUUCCCUCUCGUUUUAGCAACUUCUCCCAUGGCUUCCACUUCCACCGAAGCCCUAACUCUCUCCUCUUCCCACCUCUUUCUCACCGCCCAAAAGUCCUUCCACCACCAUCCCUCCCCACCUCCAUUCUCCCUCUCUCCUUUCCCCUCAUCUUUCCCACAAUCCAAACGUAUUCCCAAGACUCGUUUUCUCGUCGACGCCUUCCGCCACGCCGGCGACCACUCCAUUUCUUACUUCCUCUCACAUUUUCACUCCGACCACUACACCGGCCUCUCCCCCAAUUGGUCUAAGGGAAUCGUCUUCUGCUCCCAAAUCACUGCUCGCUUUCUCGUUCAAGUACUCAAGGUACCUUCUGUUUUUGUUUUCCCAUUGCCUCUUCGUGAAUCUGUAAUCGUUGAUGGGAGUGAGAUUGUACUUAUUGAUGCGAAUCAUUGCCCUGGUGCUGUACAAUUCCUGUUUAAGAUUCCGACUACAGACGGAAAUUUUGAAAGAUAUGUUCAUACAGGAGAUUUCCGCUUCUGUCAUUCAAUGAAGUCGGACACCAUUUUACGAGAAUUUGUUGGUUCGGAUUCUGUGUUCUUGGACACCACUUAUUGUAACCCGAAAUUUAUUUUUCCAUCGCAAGAAGAGUCUAUUGAGUAUAUUGUUAGUGUGAUAGAAAGGGUUACAAGUGAAAGCAAAGGUUCUGUGAAAGAUGUAUUAUUUCUUGUAGCUACAUAUGUUAUCGGGAAAGAGAAGAUUUUGCUUGAAAUUGCGCGUAAAUGUAAUCGUAAGAUAUACGUGGAUGCUAAGAAAAUGGCUGUUUUGCGAGUUUUGGGCUGUGAGGAAAGUGAAGUUUUUACUGAGGAAGAAUCUGAAAGUGAUGUACAUGUUGUUGGUUGGAACGUGUUAGGUGAGACAUGGCCAUAUUUUAGGCCGAAUUUUCUUAAAAUUAAGGAAAUUAUGGUUGAGAGAGGGUACUCUAAGGCCAUUGGAUUUGUUCCCACUGGAUGGACAUAUGAAGUGAAGCGUAACAAAUUUUCAGUUAGGUCUAAAGAUUCAUUUGAUAUUCAUCUUGUACCAUAUAGUGAGCAUUCUAAUUACGAGGAGCUCAGAGAAUAUGUUAGGCUUUUGAAACCAAAGCGUGUUAUUCCUACAGUUGGCUUGGAUGUUGAAAAGCUUGAUGGCGAGCAUGCUGAUAAGAUGAAAAAGCAUUUUGCUGGAUUAGUUGAUGAAAUGGCCAACAAACAAGAUUUCUUAAAGGGUUUUCAUCGAGGGUAUUGUGAAGUGAGUGAUAAAGAUGGGAAGGACACCAACAAUGCUCCAACCAAAGAAUUGCACUUGGACAAAAAGACAGCGUCCUCUGUGUUGGAAGUUAAUGAAAAUAAUGAUACUUGUUUUGGUUCUGAAUCAUCACUCCCACUGCAAGAAUCUGAUUCACAAAAACUAAUUGUGUUAAGUGAUGCGGAAGUGGAGAAAACCCUUCAGGAACUUCGUGAUUGUUUACCCUCGUGGGUUACACGAGACCAGAUGUUGAAUCUUAUUGCAACCUCUAGUAGGGACAUUGUUCAAGCAGUUUCCACCUUCUAUGAGCAUGAGACAGAAUUCCAUGAACAAGCAUGGGCUUGUUCAACUUCUAACUCUACUUCCGAGAUCAACUUACCAAAUGACUCUGCACCCCUUUUGCAAACAACCACUAAAAAUAAUAGUCCGUCUGGGAGGAUUGAUAUUCCUUCAAGUCAAGAUUUUAAGGUUGUUAACAUAAAGCAAAUACUAAGUGGUGUUUCACUUUCUCCAGGAAAGAAGAAGAAUAUUGUAAAUAAGAAAAACAAGAAAGUAAACUUGAAGGCUAAGUCGGAAAUAAGCGGAUUGUUUAGCAGUGCUUCUCCUGGGAAAAGGAAAAAGAAUAUUGAGAACAAGCCAAACAAGAAAUUGAAAUUGAAGUCUAAGUCUAAGCUAGAAACAACUGGAUCAAAACAACCAACAAUAACAAGGUUCUUUAGUAAAGUUUUGGAUAGUGGUUCUCAAAGUGCUGAUACAACCUUGCAUGAUAAAAUCCCUGAAGAUGAAAAUUUGUCUAGUGAUGGCACCAAACAAUACAAGAAAGAGAUAGAUCAAUUUAUUAAGAUAAUAAAUACAAAUGAAUCGUUCAGAAGCUAUGCUGCGACAAUAGUGGAGAAGACAAAGGGAGAUAUUAAUCUGGCUCUUGAUAUAUAUUACAAUAAUCCAGAGGGUGCACAUGGUGGGGGUGAAGUUGAUGUGGGCACUAGCAAAAGUUCACAAUUCCAGUGCAGCAUUCUCAGCAGUUUUCCUGGCCAGAAGAAACUUUCAACAGAAAAUGUGGGGCAUAAAGCUGAAUACUCGACACCGGGAUUGUUAAUGGACAAUGCAAGCACAACAUCUGUAUCACUAUCUCCCGAAAAAUACAAUCCCACAGAGCAUGCUUGUUGGCGGGAUGGACAGCGGGCUCCAUAUUUACAUCUUGCACGAACUUUUGAACUGCUUGAGAGUGAAAAAGGAAAGAUAAAGGCUACUUCUAUGCUCUGCAAUAUGUUCAGAAGUUUGCUCGCCUUGUCUCCCGAGGAUGUGCUGCCUGCAGUGUAUUUAUGCACAAAUAAGAUUGCUGCUGACCAUGAAAAUAAGGAGCUAAAUAUUGGAGGUAGUUUGGUAACAUCAGCACUGGAAGAGGCAUGUGGGACAAGCCGGUCAAAAUUAAGGGAGAUGUACAAUGACUUGGGUGAUCUAGGUGAUGUUGCUCAAGCAUGCCGUCAAACACAGACAUUACUUGCUCCACCUGCACCACUUCUGAUAAAAGACUUAUUUUCUACUUUACAAAAGAUAAGUGUACAAACAGGCAGUGGAAGUACAUUAAGGAAGAAGAACCUAAUCGUCAAUCUCAUGCGUUCUUGUAGAGAGAAGGAAAUGAAGUUUCUGGUUAGAACUUUGAUUAAAAAUUUACGCAUUGGAGCUAUGAUGAGGACUGUUCUCCCUGCACUAGCUCAAGCAGUUGUUAUGAAUUCUUCUCCCCAUGAAAGCACAAAGGAUGAGCUUCAGAGCCUUUCAGGAGCUGUUGUUGAAGCAUACAAUGUGGUUCCUAGUUUGGACUUAAUUGUCCCCUCUCUAAUGAACAAUGGGAUUGGGUUUUCAUCAUCUACUAUGUCAAUGAUUCCAGGAAUACCUAUUAAGCCAAUGCUUGCAAAAAUCACCAAUGGUGUUCCACAAGCAAUGAAGCUCUUUCAAAAUAAGGCUUUUACUUGUGAAUACAAAUAUGAUGGUCAACGUGCACAAAUUCACAAGCUACCCGAUGGAUCCUUUCGUGUGUAUUCACGAAAUGGGGAUGAAUCAACGUCAAGAUUCCCAGAUGUUAUUGAUAUAAUGAUGAAAUCUUGUAAGCCUGAUGCAGUUACCUUUAUACUUGAUGCAGAGAUUGUUGCAAUUGAUAGAAAGAAUGGUUGCAAACUCUUGUCAUUUCAAGAGCUGUCUUCCCGUGGGAGAGGCAGCAAGGAUAUCUCAAUUACAUUGGACAGCAUAAAGGUUGACAUUUGCGUAUUUGUCUUUGAUGUCAUGUUUUCGAAUGGACAGCCGCUGUUAACUAUUCCAUUACGCCAAAGACGAAAAUACUUGAAAGAUUUAUUUUUGGGUGAGAAGUUGGGAUAUCUUCAAUAUGCAAAUGAAAUGACAGUUGAGCAAGAUGAUACUUCUUUAAGAAGUGAAAGCACUUUAACUAAGAUAAAUUCUUUUCUUGAAAGUGCAUUCAUAUCCUCUUGUGAAGGAAUUAUGGUAAAAUCUCUGGAUGUUGAUGCUGGAUAUUCUCCAUCAAAGCGUGCUGACACAUGGCUCAAGGUCAAGCGAGAUUAUGUUGAUGGACUGAAUGACUCACUUGAUUUAGUCCCGAUUGGCGCUUGGCAUGGGAAUGGAAGAAAGGCAGGAUGGUACAGUCCUUUUCUCAUGGCAUGUUACAAUCCUGAUACUGGAGAAUUUCAGAGUGUUUGCCGUGUCAUGUCUGGGUUCUCUGAUUCCUUCUACGCAGAGAUGAAAAGUUUCUUUUCCGAGGAAAAGAUCUUGUCCAAAAAGCCAUCUUACUAUCGAACUGCUGAGGUGCCUGAUAUGUGGUUCUCUCCAGAACUCGUGUGGGAGAUAAGAGGUGCUGAUUUUACAGUGUCCCCUGUUCAUGAAGCUGCCUUUGGUCUAGUUCAUCCAUCACGUGGCAUUUCUAUCAGAUUCCCGAGAUUUAUUGGCUCUGUCUCUGAUAGAAAUCCUGAAGAAUGUAGCACAGCUGCAGAUAUAGCUGAGAUGUUUCAUUCGCAGACUCGGAAAAUGGAUGUGAUGGUGGAAGAUUAAGUUGUCUUUGUUUAUCUAUUGUUGUUACUAAUGUUGUACUUGAGAUGAUUUUAUAGUUAGAAGUUCAAAACUAAAGAUUGACAUAUUUCAAAAUUUUGAGAUGAACCCGUAUAACUUAUACCGGGUUUCAAAUGAAUGUCCCUUUUUCUGUAAGUUUGUAAAUAUAUAUAUAGAGCUUUAUUUCACACGAAGCUUCAAAUGAAAUGUACAUAGAAAAGAAGUCUGACGACUUCACCUUUUUUUUUUUUUUUGAGAAAAGUCUGUAUCCAUUAGAUGAAAUCAGAAUAGUACAGGAUACAAUUACAAUUGUAAAGAGCAACUUUUUUUUUUUUUUUUAUGUACUUUCAUUUCAUGUAGUAUUAUGUUUUAUUACUAUUUGAAGUGUUUAUUUAUUUAUUAUUUUUUUAUAGAUGUGAAGUGGUUAUUGAAAUCCACAUCGAAUAAGAGUGCAAAUGUAUUAAAAAAGAAUGAAAGAACAAAUGUAAAUACCCGUUUUCAAAUAAGAGUGCAAAUGAAAUGUGAACUUAAAUUUGAUUAAUAUAACCAAAGUUUUAAAUUUUAUAUUCUUUUUAAAAUGGAAGUUGCAAACUUUAUUAAUGUAAUCGUUCAAUAAAACAGACACAACAAGAUCUAGGACAUCACAGCCGCUAAGAAUAUGAUCAACAUAAAAACAAAAGGUGCUCACCAAAUAAUGAACAACUCUAACCAUUUCCGGCAACAAUAGAGUUGCGAACAACUAUAUGAAUACAAGACAAUCCAACUCAAAAACCAUCCUAUCCCAAUUCAUCUAUUUAUCCAACUUGGUGCCUCCUUCACUCCCAUAACCUAUGCUAAUUCAAGUUUUGCCGCACCUUUUCGCCCACAGACAGCUUCAAUCAACCAACUAGAAUCAUUACCCGCGACCAUCCAAAAACCAAACUUACACAAGAGACUUGUAGCAUCAACAUUAAUCACGGUCUUAUCACUAGGAGGCUUAGUCCGUUUCUCACUACCAUCUCCCUCCAACAACAAACUUAGAAUGAGAUGAAGAACUCGCCUUUGAUCAGACAACCAUUGGUCAAGAUUAGAGUUAGCUAACUCUAAAACACUACUAGUGAACAUUAUUUGUUCAUUCUAGAGUAGCUUGUUACGAGCUUCCCAUAAGACCCAGCAAAUCAUUCCAAUCGAACCUACCCUCUCUUUAGAAACUGAUUUUGGUACCACCGCAAGCCAAUUGACAAAAUUAUUACUACCGUCAUUUGGGAUCAACAACCCCUAAUAUUAACUCUUUUGCCCGACACCAAUCUCCACAACAAAUUCUUAACCUUUGGAGAAACUUUUAAUUGCCAAAGUUUGCAACAAAAGCUAGAAUUGUUGUCCUCUCAUUUAUCUCUUGUAGGCUUGUAGCAAUUUAUACUCACUAUAACCUCCAAAAAUCUCAGGAGACCAAUGCCACUAACCCUCAUAAUGUGAUAAACUAACACGAUAUUGAAAAU